GUGUGCAUUGCCUACUGUCAGUUUAACUUGCUUGUGUGCCCAGGCUAGUUGGGCCAGUGAGGGAUGAUGCAGCUGGCAUGGUGAGCUACAUUGGCCUGUUGAUUGUUACAUCAAGCCCUCCUAUGCCAGAAGCAAUCAAAUGCCUGAUGAUUGAUUGUACUAAUCCCACAUGAAUCCUUGGAAGUAUCGGGGGAUGGUGCAAAAGAUUCUAGGGCAACUUGAAGCAGCAGCACUUGAAAGGCAGCGUGCAUAUAUCUGCGAUUAUCUGUUCAAGCUUCUGCUGAUUGGAGACUCCGGUGUGGGGAAGUCCUGCCUCCUGCUGCGAUUUGCUGAUGACACCUACACAGAGAGCUACAUCAGCACCAUUGGGGUGGAUUUCAAAAUACGGACCAUUGAACUGGAUGGCAAAACCAUCAAGCUACAGAUUUGGGAUACUGCCGGUCAGGAGCGGUUCCGGACCAUCACCUCCAGCUACUACAGAGGGGCACAUGGCAUCAUCGUGGUAUAUGAUGUAACGGAUCAGGAGUCGUACAGCAACGUGAAGCAGUGGCUGCAGGAGAUCGAGCGCUAUGCCAGUGAGAAUGUCAACAAGCUGCUGGUGGGCAACAAGUGCGACCUCACCACUAAGAAAGUGGUAGACUACACCACUGCCAAGGAGUUUGCAGACUCCUUGGGCAUCCCCUUCUUGGAGACCAGCGCCAAAAACGCCACCAACGUGGAGCAGUCAUUCAUGACCAUGGCUGCUGAGAUCAAGAAGCGCAUGGGUCCUGGUGCCACUACUGGUGGGGACAGACCCAACCUCAGAAUCGACAGCACUCCAGUCAAACCAGAGGGCAGAAGCUGCUGCUGAGGCCCAGGACUGAAAGAUGGGGUGGGAAGGGGAGGGGACCGUCCAAUCUGGUGCUGUCCAGCACCCUUCUCCUGUGGAGUAGCAACUUUCCCGGAUGAUGCCGUGCAGGUGGACGGGACCUCUGUGGUGGGGUGAUGGUUUGGGUUCUCUGCCUGUGUUUAAUUGCUUACCUUGUUGAGUGUGUGGAGGGGGCAGACCUGCAAGGGGUGCUCUCCCACCCAUGAGAACUUCCCUCUAUGCAGCCUCUGUUGCCUCAGUCCUUGGGCCCAAUGCCUGGCAGGUUUCCUGGCUCCUUCUCAUGGGUUCUUUGAUGCUGCUUCCCUCUUCCUGCUGGGUGCCUAGGGCUGCCCCCAUCUCCACCCCCGCAGCCUCUCCUGCCUACAGCCCCCUUUUCUUUCGUUCCUGAUGUGGGGGUCCUAAGGAUGAGCCUGUCACCAAACUUCUGUCCCUGUGCAAUUAACUUUGAACUAGGGGUGGCUGAAGCUGUUUUGCUGCCUGGUCUCCAGGAUGCAGUGGCUUGUCCCUAGCAAAAUGGAGGUCGGGGCAUAGGCCUCUCUGAGCUGUUCAAGCUACUCUCCAGGGCUGUGGCUCCUGCCUCCACUGUGUUGUCCUUGUUCUGCAUCUCUUCUCAUUCCUCCUUGCCUUCAGGGGCACAGAUUUUUUUAAUUCCCUUUCUGCUGCACCUUGGUCCACCUUCAUCCCCCUGCCUUGCUCUAGGUCGAUAUUGAUACCUCUGCUGCAGAGUGGCUGUGAUGCAGGGUUGGCCCGGAAUGCUGAGCUGAGCUUGAUGCCACUUGUCCCCCUCCGUCCCUUGACCUGGCCCCUCACUUUCCUCACCUAGUCCUGCUGAGGCUAACAGCCCUUCCCAGCCAAGAGGGGGUAGGUGGAUAGCCCUGGGCCGGCCCAUGCCAGGCCCACUGAAUGUAUUCAGAGUAACACAGUGAGGGGCCUUAGAACUGGCCACAGGGGUUGUUUGUAGAGCCUCUUCUCCAGGGCUCAGGGCCCCCAGCACCUCAGCUCUCAAGGGCUAAUGCACUGAGCAGCUGUCUCCUUCCCUCCAGCUGGGAAGUUCUUGCACUUUGUGGGCAAAUGUGGGGGCUGUCCUCUACUGCUCAGCUCACCCCUCUGCAGCAUCAGCCCUUCCCCUCGUGACCUACUCCCAACCCUGGCAAGAAGAAGCUGGGGCCCUGAGCACAUGUCCCUUUACUGUACCUACGCCCCAUUGCCUGGCUCUGCCCCUAUUUAGGGGGAUGGGAGGAGCCAGCUGGAUGGUUCAUUUGUUGGCUCUUUUUUUCCACCAGUGACAUUAUUUAAAAAAAGAAUAAAGGUGAGUGCCUCUGCGGGGAGGCUCCUGUAGCCUG